UGCGCGCACGUUCUGCGGGAUUGCCCCGCCGAUGGCCCACGGGCGCCCAGCCCAGCCCACACACCAGACCUGAGACCCUGAAUUACCCGAUUGCUCGAAUACCACCGAACAAGACACCUUGGUCAAGUUGGGCAUGCAACAACGAAGCAUUGCAACUCCGCAUGAGGCAUACAUGCGGCCAAAUAUCGACGUCCCCACUGAUGAUGUUGACCACGUCGUGCUGCGUGCUCUGCCGGUGUCGCAGCUUCGUCCAACCGCUGCAUCUCCUUCCCCUUGCGGCGCGACUUUAGACGGGCUGUCAAUGGGGCGGUCAGAUCUCGAUAGGUCUUCCUCCAAUGCCUGGGCCGCCUUGGACUUGCUGAGCCCCAUACAAGAUCGUCAGGGCCCACGGGGCUUCGUGUUAUCUGUUCCCGAUGCGGUUACGGUGCGGCUCAUCUCUUGGACCCUGAAGGAACUUUGGAACAAUGAAAGUGCGAGUGCGAUACCAACCAAGUCUCGCAACACCUCUCGCAGCUUGCGAUCAGCUCAAUGGCCUGUAGUCAUGGAUACUACAUGCUUGUCCUCGUGCUUAUGGUCUCUUUCCGGCAUUCCUGCCUCUUCCCCUUGCCUCACCGCAACGUGUUCAUCCUAGACUGCUAGUGCCGACUGUGCGCCGACGUUGAAAUCUCGGUUAGAGACCCACUGUUUCCAUGGACGCGAGGCGGUGUCUUGUACACACGGUUUUCUUUGCGACGUUGAAACGUAGGUCGAGUGCAUUG